UGCUUUCCCUUGCAUCCAGAUUAAAUACUGAGUGGCGUUUCCUUUCUGUAUGGGUAAACAUCCUUCUAAUAAUGAGAUGACCCACCAGUGUCUUAAAGUAAAAACAAAAUUCAGUGUUUCCUCUGAGGACUAUUUUUGGGACAUAGUUUUGAAGGUAUCAUGCUGACUACCAGCUUUGUUGAGAUCUGCACUUUAUUUGUUCUUUGGACAUCGAGUGUGUGUGCUGAGAGCAGAGUUCAUCUACAAACAAGAGGCGUACCUGAGGUGUAUAAGCAAGGCAGUCGACCGCAAAGGCACAGAAGGGAGGUACAAGAAGAAACACACAAGCAAGGCAGUCCCGUUUUCAAAAGAAGUCCAGAUAUUACAAAAUCACCACUCACAAAGUCUGAACAGCUUCUUCGAAUAGAUGACCACGAUUUCACUAUGAGACCUGGCUUCGGGGGACCAGCUAUUCCUGUUGGGGUGGAUGUGCAAGUGGAAAGCUUAGACAGUAUUUCUGAAGUGGACAUGGACUUCACGAUGACUUUGUACCUCAGACACUACUGGAAAGAUGAAAGAUUGUCCUUUCCCAGCUCCAAUAACCAAAGUAUGACCUUUGACGGAAGAUUAGUAAAAAAGAUAUGGGUGCCGGAUAUGUUCUUUGUUCAUUCUAAAAGAUCCUUUAUCCAUGACACUACAACAGAUAAUGUCAUGCUGCGAGUACAGCCUGAUGGGAAGGUGCUGUACAGUUUAAGGGUAACAGUAACAGCCAUGUGUAAUAUGGACUUCAGUCGAUUUCCCCUUGACACGCAGUCCUGUUCCUUGGAGAUUGAAAGUUAUGCCUACACUGAAGACGACCUUAUGCUUUACUGGAAGAAUGGCAAUGAAUCCCUAAAAACAGAUGAAAGGAUUUCUCUAUCACAGUUCCUUAUUCAGGAGUUUCAUACCACCACAAGACUUGCCUUUUAUAGUAGCACAGGAUGGUACAAUCGUCUGUACAUUAACUUCACAUUGAGACGUCACAUCUUUUUCUUUCUCCUGCAAACUUAUUUUCCUGCGACUCUAAUGGUCAUGCUUUCCUGGGUCUCUUUCUGGAUAGAUCGCAGAGCAGUCCCUGCCAGAGUUCCACUGGGUAUAACCACAGUGCUGACCAUGUCCACCAUCAUUACCGGAGUAAACGCCUCUAUGCCUCGAGUGUCAUACAUCAAAGCUGUGGACAUUUACUUGUGGGUCAGUUUUGUAUUUGUCUUUCUAUCGGUGCUGGAAUAUGCAGCUGUGAAUUACCUGACCACAGUGCAAGAGCGGAAGGAAAGAAAGCUAAGGGAAAAGGUAAACUGCCAGCUUCCAUGUACUUGUGGGGUACCACGGGUGAUGAUGGACAGCAGCUACAGUGAUAGUGAAGUGAACAAUCUUGGUGGGUUUGUAUCUGAAAAUGGUGAAAAAGAAGACCGUAUUAUGGUACAGCUAGCUCUCAACACAGAAAGGAACUCAAACAGAAGAAAGAGCCAACGGGCUUCUUAUGUCAGUAUGCGAAUUGACACACAUGCCAUUGACAAGUAUUCACGAAUAAUUUUCCCUGCAGCUUAUAUUUUAUUUAAUCUCAUCUACUGGUCGAUUUUCUCCUAGAAGCAUCUAACUUGCCAAUGAACUUUGCCAGAGGACUAUGGGCCAGGGACCCUAUGAGGAUUAUAAAUUUGGAAAUGUAACAGGCUAAUUUUUUUUACAUUGUUAUUAAUUUAUAAUUCACUUUUAUUUUGUAGGUUUUGACAACACAUCUGUAUCCUAUCUUGUGUUUACGCAGCCAGGCUUUUAUAUGUAAAUUGCCCUUUUUCUCCCUUUUUUUAAGUUGUGUUUGUUAGUUAAAGAACCAAUAUAAAGACACUUAUAGAAGGUCGUACUUGUACAGUAGACACUUUAGAGCAUUUACUUACAUAGCUGCAUACUUUGAAUGACUAACUGACCUACAACGGACAUAACAAUGUAAUGAUGUUUGAGCAGUUGAAAGAUCACUGUGUCAAUAUUUAAGCAAGUGACCAUUACAACCAUGUUCUGGAUUAAUAAUUUAAUAAAGUUACAUUUAUUUGUCUAUGUAUUUGUGUUAUGAAACAGGGCAACAUCAGUAAAACUAUGUUAAAGGGAACCUGUCACAUUGAAAAUGCAGUCCAAUCUGCAGGCAUUAUGUUAUAAAGCAGGAGGCUAAGAAGAAGAAUAUAGUUUUGUGGGAAUGUUCCAGGAUAACUUGUCAUUUAUCCAUGUAAAUAUUUGCUCACUUUGGGCUUAGUAGUCAUGUGGGCAGUCCUACUAUUGUUUAAUAUAGAAAAUAAUAAAUAGAUAAGCAGAGCUGUGUAUGGAUAAAUGAGAAGUUAUCCUGGAACUUUUCCCACAACACUAUAUAUCAAUCUUGUUAUUUUUCCCUACACUAUAAUACAAUGCCCCAAGAUGGGAUUGCCUUUUCAAUGUGACAGGGUCCCUAUAAAAGAGUGUCCUGGUCACAAAAUACAAAUAUUUUUUUAUAUUGUUCCUGUGUACAUUCCACAUAGUUUAGUUUUUUUAAUCUCCUUUAGCUCAAAUUUUCAUAAUGAAACAUUAAGUACCUGACACCAAAUAAAACUUUUAACAUAGUGUUCCUUAUGUAAUUAGCAGACACUUUCCCAUUCACUUACUUUUAAAAUGAUCAACAUAAUAAAUAUGUUUAAAAUGUAAUAGAAAAAAUGGCCACUAGGUGGCUCUGUUCUGUUCCCUGCUGCAAUUAACACAGUGAAUUUGGUCUCCUCCCGGCCUGGCAGGAGACUAAACUCAGGAAGUGCUUCUGGCUGCACUGAGCUUAAUUGACAGCUGCACAGAGCCUCACUGAAAGCUGUACAGACUGAAAGCUGCACAGAGUCUCACUGAGAGCUGCAAAGAGACUCCCUGAAAGCUGCACAGAGUCUCACUGAGAGCUGCAAAGAGCCUUACUGAAAACUGCACAGACUGAAAGCUACACAAAGCCUCACUGAAAGAUGCACAGAGCUUGAGGUCUUCUAUUCAUAACAGCAUUGCAACGAUGUGAGGGUGGAAGCGGUCCCCCAGUAGGCUUCAGUGAUGUCAUGCCUGCUGGGAAAUGCCCACUUUCUCCUGCUGGGAGAUUGCACUAUGUGAGCAAGAAGAACAGUAAGAUACACAGAUUUUUAAAAAUCUGAUUUUUUUUAAGGGUGGGAGGGGUGUUAGUAGUUAGGGAACAUAGCCUAAGUUAGUUUAGAAAAGUUUAUUUGGUGAAAGGUACCCUUUCACUAUUUACCCUAAAACUUGACAUGUAUAAUAUAAGUUAAAGAUGGUACAAGUAAUAUGAUAAUUAUAUAGAGAAUAAAAAGGGAAUGGUAGUUAGCUUAAAGUGUACCUGUCAUAUCCUACAAAAAAAUUGUAUGUUAUUUAGUAUCUAAUCCUGAUCAUAUACAUAUGUAGUUCUAUCUGUCUAGCACCUAUAUUUCUCACAAAUACUUCACAUAUGUUGCUCACUUACUUUGUAAUUC